AUGCCAAGAUUUUGGAGAAGUAAACAGCUUGUAUCGUUAUGCGUAGAAGAUCAACAGCAAUCGAUACACCAUUUAGCAAUGGAGCUAGAAGAAGAAUCAUCUUCAAUAUUAUUUCCAUCACCUCCACCUCCAGCUCCAUCGAUAAUUAUUCCAGCUGUUGACGAAGGUAAACACGCCGACGUUGGCAUGAGUACUUUUACCGACCUUACAAAUAUGAUUUGUACUACAAAUGCGGAAUUAGCUUCAGGGAUUACAGAUACAACUCAGAGUUUAAUAACUACUACUACUGCUAAUAUCAGCAUAACAUCUGAUUCCUGCUUAGAAAUACAAAAUGAUAACGAGGCAAACAUUACUAACACACCAGUUCCUGCUAACGUUAUGCUGCAGUUGAAUGAACAAACUGGAUAUUUUGAACCGCUCUUUGAAAAAGAAAAUAUUUGCACUUCCAUCCCACAAAAUGAGGAAGAAGUGGCUCUUAGUGAGAACAAAAAAGAAAGAAGGAUCAAAAAUUAA